AUGGGUAAUAGUACUGAUAGAAACGGUCCAGAUAAGUCAAAUUCUGGAUCAAUUCAACGGGGGAAUCAAUUCUCCCCUUCAUUGAGUAUUGGAGAAACUGAAUCGGAGACAAACUUCUUCAAAGUACUCACAGAGAAUUUGAAAUAUGGGUUCGAUAGUCCCGUACCAACUACUACUCAAUUUCCUACCCCUUAUUCCAACAACAAUAAUAUGAAUCAAAAUAAUUUAAAUGCAAAUUAUUUACAGUCUCAAAAUACAAACGAUUCCUCAAUAGUUGAAAAUAGCAUGUUGCAAAAAUCAACAAAUAAUCACAUCCAAUUUUCAUCGGCUGAAUCAAUUUUAAAUUCAUUCCCCAGUGGGAAUAACAAUAAUUUGAAUGAUUUUAAUAUGCAACCUUCGUCGGUGCUACAAUUCAAUUCAAAUAAUAGUGAUACCAAUUCCAACAAUAAUACCAAUGAUAACGGCCAUAAUAAUCCAACUAACAAUUUCACUAGUGAAUUUUUAUUACCUUCUCCCGAACAAUUAAAAGAAUUUUUAUUAGAUUCUCCUGCAGGUUUCAAUUUUUUCCACAAGACACCGGCAAAGACACCUUUGAAAUUUAUCACUGAACAAGAACUGUCUUCUACAAGUUCAAAUUUAGUCCAUUUGUUUACUGCCACUGGUAAUAUCAGUAAUGAUAGUACGAAUAAUGAUUUAGAUACAAAAACUCCAUUGAAAAAAUUUGACAUCAAUUUAAUGUACCAAUUGUCAAACUCUCUAUCUCCAUCAAAAAGGCUAUCAAUGUCUUUAACACCAUAUGGAAGAAGAAUACUAAAUGAUAUGGGUACGCCAUUCAAUAGUUCUAAAUUACAUAAUGGUAAUGCAUUGGUCGAUUUUCAAAAAGCUAAAAAAAACAUUGAACAAUCAUCACCAGAAAAUUUAUUAAGAUUCACUAAAAAUACAAUAUUGACAAAGACACCAAAUAAAAAAUUGAAAACGAAAAUGAUAAAUGAUAAUGAUAAUAUUCAAAAUAAUUAUAAGAAAGAUACCCCUGCUAAAAAGACUUCAUAUAAAUCUAAUGAACUUAAUGAUGAUAUUGUAUAUGGGUCAUCUCCCACUACAAUACAAUUGAAUUCUUCAGUAACAAAAUCAGUAUCUAAAUUAGAUGCAAAGAUACCAAAUCUAACUGUUGAAAAUAAUUUAUUAAGAAGGCUUCCAUUAUCACCGACUCCAAAAUCUAAUAUCUCUCUCAUUAGUGAAGGACUCACGGUACCAGAACUUCCAAAGAUGGGUUCUUUCAAAAGUGAACGAACGUUAUCAAUAUCAUCAAAUUUAUCAAUGCCAAACACAAUAAAGACAGUCAAACCAAAGAAAAACAAGGCAAAACAACCAAAAUUUCAGGUGUUCGUAUCAAGUAUACACAAAUUCAAUGAAUCUGUGCCUGUAAAAUCGAAAAGAGAAACUGCAGUGCUCUUAAAUGAAGCUACGAAAAAGAAUGCUCUGAAAAGAUCAAAAUCUUUAAAUACUAGCAACACGCAAAAGAAAAAGAAGCAAAAAAAUACUCUAUCAAAGGGUAAAAAAAUACAGGAUCAAGAAAAUCAGGAUCCAAACAUUUUCUUCAGUUCUCAGUAA